AAAAGGCUGGCUCUGUAUAUUGUAUCAGGAUCAAAACUUCUAAGUAAAAGGCCAACAAAACUUGGAGAGAAUCUCCAUAAUGGCGAAUCUGGCUGUAUUACGCAUAAAGCGCGAAUUCAAAGAAGUCAUGAAAAGCAACGAGGAAAUCUUGCAGUGCCAUAUCAAAAUCGAAGUUGCCAAUGACAAUUGGACAGAGCUACGGGGUGAAAUAGGAGGCCCUCCCGAAACGCCCUACGAAGGGGGAAAUUUUAUACUGGAAAUAAAAUUGCCCGAGACUUAUCCCUUUAAUCCGCCAAAGGUUCGUUUUAUUACGCGCAUCUGGCACCCGAACAUAUCAUCUGUGACUGGGGCUAUUUGCCUGGACAUACUCAAGAACAAAUGGGCAGCGGGGAUGACGAUGCGCACGGUGUUGAUGUCCCUGCAGGCCUUGCUGGCCGCUGCCGAGCCUGACAAUCCGCAGGACGCCGUGGUAGCAUACCAGUAUAAGGAAAAGUACGAUCUGUUUCUGCUUACUGCAAAGCACUGGACAAAUGCUUACGCAGGGGGUCCGCACAACUUGCCCGAUUGUGAUUCAAAAACUAAACGCCUCAUUGAUAUGGGUAUCGACGAGCAUAAGGCGCGCAGUGUUCUCUCUAAGGAGAACUGGAACUUGGAAAAUGCGACGGAGUGCCUUUUCCAUUAGUUUGCUGAGAGUAACAUCAUAGUCAAAACUCCCGAAAAAUACCACUACAUUACUAACGACUACUCAAUUUUAAAUUGUCCAUCAGAGGAGGAGCACGAUUUUAAAUUUAUCAUGUGCUUUACUUGAGUUAUUCGAACACCACAU